UGUGCCUGUGCAUAUGCUUGAGUUUCUCACUGCGUAGGCCUUUAUCGUAUUUGUGUACUGUAACCUUAAAUUUCUACCACACGUGUUAAUUGCGACGAAAAUAUUUAGGCAUCAGCUCCAAAAGUAUUUGUUUAGCGGCAUAAGUUAAUAACAAAAGAUGGCUGAUAAAGAAGACGUCGAAAAAACCAUUGCUGAGGAUUUCGUCGUUACGAAGUACAAAAUGGCAGGAGAAAUUGUAAAUCGCGUUUUGAAACAAGUUUUGAACCUUUGUAUUCCAGGAGCCUCUGUGAGGAAAAUUUGCGAAUCUGGAGAUGAGCUCUUGGUUCAGGAAACUAACAAAGUAUUUAAAAAAGAAAAAGAUUUAAAGAAAGGAAUUGCAUUUCCCACGUGCAUAUCAGUAAAUAAUUGUAUAUGCCAUUUUUCUCCGAUAACAAGUGAACCUGACUUAAUUUUAAAAGAUGAAGAUGUUGUCAAAAUUGAUUUAGGGGCUCACAUCGACGGAUUUAUUGCAGUGGUAGCACAUACCAUUGUUGUAAAAGCUUCACAAAAACUAAAAAUUUGUGGACGGAAGGCUGAUGUCGUUUUAGCUGCAUUCUAUGCUUCGGAGGCAGCGUUGAGGCUUCUUAAACCUGGUAUUGAGACAUACUCAGUUACAGAUACUGUGGGAAAGAUUUGUGACGUAUUCAAGUGUAGACCAAUAGAGGGAAUGUUAAGCCAUCAACUGAAACAGUUUAAAAUCGACGGUGAUAAAACGAUAAUUCAAAAUCCUAAUGAUGCUCAAAAAAAAGAACAUGAGAAGUUUACACUGGAAAUGCACGAGGUCUAUGCAAUGGAUGUCUUAGUUAGUACUGGUGAAGGAGUAGGAAAAGAGCAAGAUACCAGAGUAACUAUUUAUAAAAAGACUGAAGAAAAUUAUCAACUAAAAUUAAAAGCAUCAAGAAUGUUUUACUCUGCAGUCUCACAUGAGCAUGGCUUGAUGCCAUUUAAUUUACGUAGUUUUGAGGAUGAAAAAAAAGCAAAAAUGGCUGUUGUCGAAUGUGUUAACCGUAGGCUAAUAGAACCUUUUCAG